GCGAGUCCAGUUGGUUAUUCGAGGACUGACCGUGUGACCAAAGGAAGACGGAGAUUCAUUAAAGCUCCCAUGGCAGCAAAGCAUUCCAAACCUAACUUCAGCCAGUCGCAAGUGACUGAGAUUUUGAAGAGGUGCUUCAAUUUGACAGCCUUGGAAAUUCGCUCGCUGCCCAGCUACGAUGACCAAAACUUCUAUGUGGCGCCUGUUGAAGGCAGCGAAUACAUCCUGAAGAUCCUGAACUCAGAGGACAGUAAGAUCCCUGACUUGAUUGAGGUGCAGACAUUUGUAAUGUCAUUCCUUCACCAGAAAGGACUCCCAGCUCAGACAGCUCUGCCCUCCACCUCAGGACAGCUCAUGAUCUUGGAAGAAAUAGAUUGUGGUUAUGGACUUCAGAAGUACCUGGUCCGGCUGUUGACUUAUUUACCUGGCACGACCAUUUCCAAAGUCCCUUUAACGCCACAAUUAUUGUAUGAAACCGGCAAGAUGGCAGCUUCACUGGAUAAAGUCCUUCAAGAAAUGAGACACCCUAAGAUGGGCAUUUUGGAGAGGGAGAAGUUCAUCUGGAGCUUGACCAACGUUCCCCUCCUUGAGCCCUACCUGCAUCUUCUGGAUGGAGACCCUCUUCAGGAAGUUGUGAAGUCUAUUGUUCAUCAGUUCAAGACCUCUGUGGAUCCCCAACGCUCCAAUUUUCGCAAGUGCAUAAAUCAUGGCGACAUCAAUGACCUCAAUGUGCUCGUGCAACCUGAUGACAAUGACGGGCACAGAAUUUCUGGAAUUAUUGACUUUGGGGACAUGCACGCUGGCUACUACAUCCAUGAGCUGGCCAUCACUGUCAUGUAUAUGAUGACUGAGCACCCCAAUCCCAUUGAGGUGGGCGGACCUGUCCUCGCUGGCUGGGAAAGUGUCCUUCCUCUGAAUGAAGCAGAGAAAGACUGCCUCUACAUGUUGGUCUUGUCUCGAUUCUGUCAGUCCUUGUUGAUUGCUCGCCACUCUGUUUUAUUGCAUCCAGAGAAUAAAGAGUAUCUCAUGAUUUCAUCUAAAAGGGGUGUCUCUAUCGUCACGCAGUUGUGGAAACUUGGAAAAGAGCAUGUGGAAAAGGUGUGGUUUGAGAGAGCUGCUCAACUCAGUCAGCAAAAAUAAGAAACAUAUGCAACAAAGUGCUUUCAGUAACGGGAAUCCCCCACUGACCAUAUAUUCAUGUGGUCAAAUAUUACUGUAAAAUUACUGAUUUGCAAAAAAAAAUGGAGUAUGGCUAAGCAAAAAUAUACUGUAUUCCAAUGAAUAAGAAAUGUCAUGCAUAAGAAAUACUAAUGAGACAGUGAUGCUGUAUGUCUCAAAUCAGUUAUGUUCUCACUAGCCAAAUUCUAUCAUGGCAGUAAAUAAACUUAUUUUAGGUUGUCCUUUAGAUCAGGAAUAUUGACCUUAAUUCGAUGGCCACAUGUAACUUGAUUUGGCUUAAUUUGGGUUGGACUAUGAGUGCAUUCUAUAAUCCUGUCUACCAAAGAGUUUCUCUGUUAGGUAGCCUGACUUUGGCAGAUUUCAGUAUUUUUACAAACCUAGAAAACGUUUUGCAUGAAAUUGAAGUUCCAGUAAAUGUGUCUGCAUUAGGCCAACAAACUGCAGCACCAAGCUCAGGAUUACUACAUCGAAGUGGAUUUGUGUAACAAGGUUUUUCUUUAAAUGGAUACAGCCCAUUUUUCUGCAUAUUGAGCUGAUUUUAUUUUGUCUGCCAGAGAGCUAAAAGCAUAAAAAUAUAAGUAUGUGGAUACAGUGAUCUAUGCAAAUUACAAAUGCAAUACAUUACAUUUCUUUCUCUACCCAUAAUUUUUCUCUUGUCAAAAUACUUUCUCAGUUUACAAAAUAAUAACAGCCACCUUUUUAAUUUUUGUUGCGCGCUAAAAGAGUUGGUGCAUACUUUGAAACGGUUAAUGACAUUAAUGAUGCAACUUUUUUUAUACUUUUAUAUACUUUUGUUGGUGUCCGAUUGAGCUACAGUGCAAUGUGAGUAUAUAUUUUGUCAUAAAAGAGACAUACAUUGGCAUACAAUUGAUUUAUAUAUGUAUUUUACACAGUAUUGGAGCAUUUUAUAAAAUCCACAACUGGAAUAUUUUUUGUAAUCUCUGUGAUUUAUGUCUCUUUAAUGCAUAUUUUCAGCUCAUUUAUCUGUAAAUGGUUACUUGUGUGACUUGCAUUUGUACUUCAAUAAAUAAAUCAAAGA